CUUAGUUGGCUGCCCUAACUACCCGGUCGUACGGUCGUCUGCCUUUACUACCUUGGUGUUAGAAAUGCGUCAGAAUGCGUCAGGGAAUGUCAGAUACCGUUAUCGCCCUGGAUCACUCAUUGUGUGUCGCGUGUCCUCCGCUCGCGUGCUGGAGAUUUCAUUGGAGGCUCUAGUGUUCGACCACUUUUGGAUGAGCUACUGGGUCAUUCCAUCAGUGUUGGAUUCAACCACAUUUGGGCAACCGCCCUCUGUUAUGCUCGACCGUUUGGUGCUUCGACCAGCCCCUUUGUGCAUCGGGAUUUGUCAAGCCCUUAUGGAUCCGCUUAUCUCCGACCUUGAGACCUUCAUAGCUCGACGAGUAUUUUCUUUGACCAGCUUGAUCAACCUGGUUUAUUCUGUUAGCCCGACGGACUG